CAUUUAUCUGUUGUAUCAUUACUUUGUAUCACCUUUAUAAUCUAUUUGUAUAAUAUUUUCACAUUAAACUUUUCCUUUAAUUUCUUCAAUUUUAAAUCUCUAUAAAAAUGUUAAUUGACGCUUUAACCAACUUAUCUGGCUUCAACAAAUCAUCAGGCAAAGGCUCAUCAAGCACCACUACUCGUAAAGCUGAUACCUUAUACCUUGCUACUUCUUCAACCAACAAAACCACUGAAGAUCCAACCAAUUACCCACCACCAAGAUUCCCAUUAUAAAUUUAUUUUAUAAAUUCACACUUUCAUAAUUAAUUUAAUUUAUUAUUUUCAAUGAAAAUAUAAUUAAAUAGAUUGUUUUUGAAACAAAUAAAAAUAAAAUUAUUUUAAAAUCUCAAACC